CUCACUAAGAUAAAAUUGCAGAUGCGAAGAUGCAGGGAACUCAACCUAUCCAGUAUCAUGCACCAUCUUCCAUUGAACCCAACAGUAAAUGUAUUACACCAGUGCAGGACAAAUAUCCUACCAUUGGCUCAGUCCCCUCAUUUGGAGGGGUGCAGGUUUCCAGGCGCAAUGUUGUGAGAUAUACAAGUUUGGGAAUUGCUGCAUCUUGUCUUGUUUUCAUCAUCACAAAUUGGAAGUGCAGUAUACAUCUCCAAAAGCUAUUUGGAAUCUUUUAUUUGGAAUCAGCAGCCCACCCUUCAGACAAAGUGAAGGCACAUCUCGCUCACAGAAAAUUCAACAGCUUAUAAGCUAUAUCUCUGAUCUAGAGGCCAGGGAAAAUGUUACUACUGUGCCAGAGUUCCCAUCUAAAAUAGAUUGGCUAAAUACUGCCCCUCUCCAGCUGGGUCGGUCUUCCCUCGGGUUCGUGGAGAUCAGGUUCAAAUCGAAGAUUAGGGUUUCGAAGGGUUUGAAGAUCAGUUCCGCCACCGUCAUAGUUUCCGCUGCAGAAUACGGUCUAUCAGUUUUUCAGCCGUGUAUGGAAACAAUGGCAGAUGAAAAGAUAAAGAUUGAAAAGUUUGAUGGAAGUGAUUUUGGGUUUUGGAAGAUGCAAAUCGAGGAUGUUCUUUAUCAGAAAGACUUAUACCAAACGUUAUCGGGAGAAAAGCCAGAAAAGAUGAGUGAUGCAGAUUGGGCGAUUUUGGACAGGAAAGCUUUGGGAGUGUGGGUUAGGAAAACUAGUAUUCCGGCGUUGAAUGUUUCUCCUGUUAACAAUUUGCUUGGUUUGGAGAAUGUAGGUUCUCAGUUUGUCUUAGAAGCCAGGAGAGUGAUAGAUGUGUCACACUCGGAGCUAGCAGAGAAAGAGAACGAGUCACGGGUUGUGACUGAUGAGUUGAAGCUCAGUGGGAGCUUCAACGGGCCUUCAGAUAACUGAAGAGAAGGCCGCUGCAACUAGUGGAAAAUGAGGAUUACAAGAGUUACAGAUGAUGAAGACUAAGGGGCGUUGUUCGAGCCUCCAAGUGGGAGAUUGUUGGGCGAAUUGAGUGUGGAGGCUUGACCAGGAAGGGCAGCCAGCCCUAGUCUUGGUUCGACCCAUAUGGCGGUAAAUUAGGUUUUUAAUUUAGCCGGCCCUAAUUCUCUAUGUGGGCUUGGGCCUAACUUGGGGAUUAAGUUUUCAACCCUAGUUUAGUCUUCAUAAAUAGGGGUCUCUGUA